ACUUUUUUUAGGGUUAUAAAUACAAUCACAAUUCAUUUCAGGAUGAGAAGUACAAAGAGAGAAGGGAAAGGAAGGAUUUUGAGCAAAAACCCAGAUGGAUUUGUCUUCCUUUUGGACGUCCCUAGGGACGUCCUUCGUCCUUUUUGUCAUUUUUAUGUUGCUUUUCACCUGGCUUUCGUCGAGGCCGGGUAACGCUGUAGUGUACUACCCAAAUCUGAUUCUGAAAGGUCUGUAUCCAGCUGACGGCAGGUCCUCCACUCGGAACCCGUUUGCGUGGAUUCAGGAAGCGUUGUCUUCUAGUGAGCAGGAUGUGGUUAAUAUGUCUGGAGUUGACACAGCCGUGUACUUUGUGUUCUUGAGCACAGUGCUUGGAAUUUUGGCUUUCUCUGGUGCAAUUCUGCUGCCGGUUCUUUUACCAGUGGCUGCAACUGAUAGGGCCAUAGUUGAUAGUUUGGUAAACUCAACGUCAAAUUCGACGUUAAAUGCAACUAUUAGUGGCACAAAGUCGAUGUUAAAUUCGACAAUCAAUGCGACUUUCAGUGAACUGGACAAGUUAUCGAUGGGAAAUGUCAAAGAAAAAAGCCCAAGGUUGUGGGCAUUCUUUAUAGCUACCUACUGGGUUUCUUUUGUCACAUAUUACUUGUUAUGGAAGGCUUAUAAACAUGUUGCUGAACUAAGAGCUAAUGCCUUAAUGUCUUCUAAAGUGAGACCUGAGCAAUUUGCUGUUCUUGUAAGAGACAUGCCAAAUCCCCCUACGGGUCAAAGCAGGAAACAACAGGUUGAUUCAUAUUUUAAAGCUAUCUAUCCCGAGAAAUUCUACAAAUCUCUGGUAGUCACAGACAACAGAAAGGUUAAUAGAAUCUGGAAAGAAUUGGAAGCUUACGAAAGGAAGCUUGCGCAUGCAGAAGCUAUAUAUGCAAAAUCAAAGAAGAAAAAAAAUGCAGAAGGAAAAGGAAUAAGACCAAAAAACAAAACUGGCUUUCUUGGUUUCACUGGCAAAAAUGUUGAUAGCAUAGAUUACUACAAUGAAAAGAUCAAUGAACUAACCACCAAAUUGAAAGCUGAACAAAAGCUUACUGUUCAGCAGAAGCAGCAAAGUUCUGCACUAGUUUUCUUCAACAGUCGGGUGACUGCAGCUUGUGCUAGUCAAAGUUUACAUGCACAGAUGGUCGAUAAUUGGAGUGUUAUAGAUGCUCCUGAGCCUCAACAACUUAUAUGGAACAAUCUGAAAAUCAAGUUCUUUCAGAGGCAAACACGACAGUAUGUUGUGUAUCUCAUCGUGUUUCUAACCAUAUCCUUUUACUUAAUUCCUAUAUCUUUUGUUUCUGCAUUAACAACACUUGCUAACCUGAAGAAACUUCUCCCAUUUUUAGAGCCAAUUCUCAAAUUCAAAACCAUUGAGACAGUAUUAGAAUCUUAUCUUCCCCAGUUUGUUCUGUACAUAUUCAUGCGUUUUUUACCCAAGUUUCUUUUGUUUCUCUCCAAAAUCGAAGGAAUUCCUUCUGAGAGCCAUGCAGUAAGGGCCGCAUCUGGGAAAUAUUUUUAUUUCAUUGUGGUGAAUGUUUUCAUUGGAAUUGCAAUUGGAGGAACUAUAAUCAGUACAAUCAAGAGAAUUGAGAAGAAUCCAAAUUCCGUUGUUACUAUACUGGCUGAAAGCCUCCCAGACCGCGCAACUUUCUUCCUCACCUAUGUGGCUCUGAACAUUUUUUUGGGCUUUGGACUUGAGCUUUCCCGAAUAGUUCCUCUAACCAUAUUUCACCUGAAGAAGAAGUAUUAUUGCAAAACCGAAGCUGAGAUAAAGGCAUCUUGGAUGCCUGGAGGUCUCAGCUAUGGAAAAAGAGUUCCUAGUGACAUGCUUGUGAUCACUAUAGUUCUCUGCUACUCAGUCAUGGCUCCCAUUAUCAUCCCAUUUGGAGUGCUUUAUUUUGGUUUAGGAUGGCUCGUUCUGCGUAAUCAGGUUCUCCUUCACUAUUUUUCUCUCCUCCUAUUACCAUUUUUGUCAAAUUUAAUUUUGUAUUAAGCAAAUAAGAAGAGCCUUCUCCCAAAAGAAUUGAAAACUUGCAACAAAUAUGGUUUUUGUAAAUUUAAUGUUGUGUUUAAGCAAAUAAGAAGAGCCUUCUCCCAAAAGAAUUGAAAACUUGCAACAAAUAUGGUUUUUGUAA